AUGACAGACGGCCCUGUGCAGCCUCCAGCUGCAUGGAAGUCGUUGGAGAAGGAUUAUCGGGCAAAGUCCACCGAGAUCGAAGCAGUGUUUGAAAAACUGGUCCAACUCCUUAGCGCCACAGAAGCAGAAUGCGAGAAUCUCAGGUACGAUCUUCAGGAUCAAACCGAAUCUCGAAGACACUGGCACAAGCGCGCGACAGAAGCCGAAUCUCGAUUGUCAAGUGUACAACAUGUCAUGGUCCUCUUCGACGGGAAUCACCACUUUUUCAGUCCAAACCUUGUAAGAGCAGGAAUACAAGGGGCAAAGUCAGCAAUCGAUACUCUUGUGGCUGAAGCCAAAGCAUUUGCCCGCGAGCAGCACAAGAAUGACCUGCCAGACCUCCUCUCGGUAGUAGUGCACAUUUUCAUUGACGUGGGCAAGCUGGCCGACGACCUCUCUACCGCGGGCUCACCUCCCGACCCGGAUCAGCUCUGGACUUUUAUUCAAAAUGCAAGCAAACUGGAGCCGGGUGUUACAAUCUCUGACUGCGGUUCUGGUCACCAUGCUGUCGAUGCAAAGAUCAGGCACUUCUACGAACUGUAUCUCGAAAACUGCCAUUGCAGACAUCUUUUCCUGGGGUUGAAUCGCCAAUCGGAAUACUUCAAGGUCCUCGAGACUUACGCCGACGAUGAUUACACCAAGUCAAAGACGUCGCUUGUGCGGUUGGGCGGGGGAACAGACAAUGGCUACAACCUCCCGUUCCAUACAGUCGACUUCUCCGUCAUUGAAGCUGUGCCGCAACAGACCACUUCCCUUUCCGUGAUCAACUCUCCGGUCAACGGAACUGCAAACGGAACUGCCAAUGGCUCGUUCCUGGCUCAGCGAUAUGAGGACCCUAGUACGCGAUUUUCGACAGACUCCCUGAGCAAUCCGAAGCCUUUGGUCCAACUCCCUCCACCCUCCCGCCCCGCGACCUUCGCUUCCAACACCGAAAACCCUACUACUCGGGCCAUCGAGAAUAUGCAGAUGCUACCCGCCACAAUUUCACAGAUGCCCGCCAAAAUACCUGCCGAGGUAAAUGGCGAUAUGGACAAUUUGGAUGGCUCGAGCUCGGUUGGCGUUGUCAAGCUCGACACAUCUUCACAUUCUUCUCGGCAAUCGAAAGCUGCAGAACAGAGUUGGGAGAAUGCACAAACUAACAGUUACGCACCCCCUGCCAUCGCAGCUCCGUGGGGAGAGGAAAAGACGAAGGUUGGGCAGGUUGUGGAGGAGGAGCCCGUAUUGUGGAGGAGAUCAAACAACAACCACCCUCGAAGACAGAAACAAAACCACCGAAAUAAAGAACGUCCUUUCAGUGCUCAACCGCCAAGACAACCCCCUCGCCAUUUUGAAGGGUCGUGGGAUGACCUGGUUCAAAGUGAGCAGUCCAAAGCUCCAACCCAAGUAUCGUCUCCAUCGCCCGCACCUGCAAGUGCAACCCUUUCGUCGGCUGCAACCAAAUCAAACGACUUAUCGCCAGCAUUCACCCGGCAGGCUUUAACGAAACCCGACCCAAACCCUCUAGCACGCCCUAUUUGCUCUCCCAUUGCUCUAAACAAGUUAGGGCAGCGUAUCGACUUGAAACUUCCGCGCGAGGCACCGGCCGACCACGAAGCUUUCGAAUUGCGUGUCAGCAAUCGACAGUUAUGCAAUGAGCAUCACAUGCGAAACAAUUGCAAUGACCCACAGUGCCCGUUUGACCACGAGGAGAUCUCGGAUGGCAUUUAUCUUGCAUUGCGAAAUAUAGCUCGCAGCAAGCCGUGCGGUCAGGGUGCCGAAUGCCGACGACAUGAUUGCUAUUGCGCUCAUCAUUGUCCCAACAUAUCAAAGUAUUCCACAUGUGCCAGGGUCAUGUGUCCCUUCCAAAAGAAGGGAUUACAUUCUAUCGUCGACCUGGAAAUUGUCGAGACGAUUGAGCCGCCAGAAAGGAAGACUCAGAAAGAAGGAGAAUCGCUCCUGUGA